CGGCCGGCGGCGGGCGGCGGCGGCGUUGGGGUCUCGAUCCCAUAUCAAAAACAUGGCUUCAGAUUGGUUGGGCAGCAUUGUAUCCAUCAACUGUGGGGACAGCCUGGGAGUCUAUCAGGGAAGAGUAUCGGCGGUGGACCAGGUCAGCCAGACCAUAUCCUUGACCCGGCCUUUCCACAAUGGAGUGAAGUGUUUAGUGCCAGAAGUCACCUUUAGGGCAGGUGACAUAACUGAGUUGAAGAUUCUGGAGAUACCAGGUUCUGGGGACAGCCAGCAAUGUGGAGACCCACAACAGACAGAAUUAGGCCUACCUGGUGUUGGCUGUCAAGUGGGAAUUAAUCAGAAUGGCACAGGCAGACUGCUCAAGAAGUCCACGUCCUCCAGUGCCCCCCAGAAUAUCCCCAAGAGAGCAGAGAUGAAGACCCAGGAUGCUGCCAUUUCACCACAGCAGCCAUGCUCAAAGAGCUAUGUGGACAGGCACAUGGAAUCUCUGAAUCAGUCCAGAAGCUUCCGUCGUCGACAUAACUCUUGGUCAUCUAGCAGUCGACAUCCAAAUCAGGCAACUCCAAAGAAAAGUGGCCUGAAGAAUGGCCAGAUGAAGAAUAAGGAUGAUGAAUGUUUUGGGGAUGACAUUGAAGAGAUCCCAGACACAGAUUUUGACUUUGAAGGAAACCUGGCCCUUUUUGACAAAGCAGCCGUAUUUGAAGAGAUUGACACUUACGAGAGAAGGAGUGGUACCCGCUCCCGGGGCACCCCCAAUGAAAGACCCGCUCGGUACCGCCAUGAUGAAAACAUAUUAGAGUCUGAGCCUAUUGUCUACAGGCGGAUUAUGGUGCCCCAGAAUACAAGCAAAGAAUUCUGUACUGACUCGGGGUUGGUUGUGCCAAGUGUCUCCUACGAGUUGCACAAGAAGCUGUUAUCGGUAGCUGAGAAGCAUGGCCUGACACUGGAGCGGAGGCUGGAGAUGACUGGAGUUUGUGCCAGCCAAAUGGCCCUGACCCUGUUGGGAGGACCUAACAGAUUGAAUCCCAAGAAUGUCCACCAAAGGCCUACAGUAGCCCUACUUUGUGGUCCCCACGUGAAGGGGGCUCAGGGCAUAAGCUGUGGGCGACACCUUGCCAACCAUGAUGUCCACGUUAUCCUCUUCCUGCCUAACUUUGUCAAGAUGUUGGAAUCUAUCACCAAUGAACUGUCCCUCUUCAGCAAGACACAGGGCCAGCAGGUGUCCAGUCUCAAAGAUCUCCCCACCAGCCCUGUGGACCUGGUGAUCAAUUGCCUGGAUUGUCACGAGAAUGCCUUCCUCCGAGACCAGCCCUGGUACAAAGCGGCUGUGGACUGGGCCAAUCAGAACCGGGCACCUGUCCUCAGCAUAGACCCACCAAUGUGCGAGGCCGAGCUGGGCAUCGAUGCCAAGUGGUCCCUGGCCCUGGGCCUGCCCUUGCCCCUCGGUGAGCGUGCGGGACGCGUUUACCUGUGUGAUAUCGGCAUCCCUCAGCAGGUGUUCCAAGAGGUGGGCAUCAACUACCGCUCACCCUUUGGCUGCAAAUUCGUCAUCCCACUGCACUCAACGUAGAGGUGAUGGGCCCGGCAGGGGCGUCCCAGGGUGGCCCAGAGGCUCUGGAGCCAGAUGCUGACCCUUAACUUAAGAGAACGCCUUAAGGAUGUGAAGCUCCGUGGACAGUGUUGUGUUGUGUUUUGUUUGUUUUGUUUUGUUUCCUUUAAGGUUUGUUUCUUCUGCAAGAAACAACAUAUUUAAAACUGAAGAGUACUUGCCCUUUGAAGGGGAGAGACAUCUCUGAAUAAGGCUGUCCCUUAGGGCCAAGGUAGGGCCAGGGCAUGGGAAGCAUGGAGUGCCAGGCCCUGCUGCCCAGGGACCCACCCAAUCUGGCCAAGUGGCCUGUUUCUCAGUGGAGGGUUUUGUUUACAGACACAGGCAGCUUUUGGACUGGGUUUGAGGUUUACAGCCACCAGACCCGAGGGCGGCUAUCCCCAAUGACUCUUUGCUUUCCUCUUUUUCCUCUGGCUCUUCCUCUGCCCACCACCCCCAGUCCUUUUUUUUUUUUUUUUAAAUAAGCAGCCCCUCCCUCUAGUCAUGUUAGAUAUGCUGGGGUGCAAUUGUCCUUGUUGGGGGCUGGUUUCAUUUUCCUGUUCCUUUGAUGUUUGUGAUGGUAGCCAGAGUUGAGUUUUCUUUCCUGCCUUCCCUCAGUCCUGAGCCAUGUGGCGCCUGCAGAAAACUGGUGUCCAGGAGGAAGCCUGGCCAGCUCUUGUCUGUCUGCUCUGCUGGAGCAACAACUGAACACCAGUUUGUGGUUUUUUUGUUGUUCUUUUGGUGUUAAUUUUUUCAUUUUGCCCUCGAUUUGACCUGGGUACCCAGUAGACAUUUUUUUUCUCAAGGGGUCAGCACAACCUUUUACUUCUUCCCCUCCCAAGCCGACUCUUGGGGAGGGGAGUAUUUUGUGUCCUGUCAGGCUGAUGUUUCCUGUGUUUGGUUUGACCCCUUUGAUUCUCGUAUGUUUUCAGCACGGGUAGCUUUGGGACAUAUUACUGUAGAGCCACAGUGCCCAUCCACCUUGCCAGCAUAACCCCGUACUGCCCCCUCCCCCCCCAGUUCCCAUGGGUUCCAUAGACUGUGCCAUCAUUGUUCCCAUUGGGUCUAAAGGCUAAAGUGAACUGGUCCUUCCACUGCCCUGUUCCUGGGGUUCCUUCCCCACCUGCCACGUUGGCUGGAAUAUCCUGGUGGUGGAUGGAUGAGGCCAAGUCUCAAACACCGUCCCCCACUCCCCCACCCCAGAGGAUCUUAGUGCAUAUGCAGAGAAGGGGCAUAGUUUUUGUUUAGUAUUGGGAGUUCCCUUGUGGGAAACUUGGUGCUGAGCCUUUCUCAAGGUUCCUGUUUUGAUUCCAGUACAGAGGUGUGUUCAGAGGGGCCUGAGGACAGUUGAGGCUGUUGGUGAAAGCCACCAUUCCCAAUUCCAGUUGUUGGGCUUUUCUUUCCUAAAUUUGCCAGGUGGCCAGCUCUUCAGCACCUGCUUCCCUGAGGUCUCUCCUGGGGUGAAUGCAGCAGCUGUUUUAUCCAAGAGAAGGGAGGGAGCCCUGCCACUAGAGGGAGGUUUGAGGGCCACACUUGAGCUCCUCCAACUUUGACCUUUGCCAAGUGGCCUCUCCCCCCAGUAUCUGGGGCCUCCCUGGUGUGGCCUGGCUGCCUGGCAGGCUGCUGUUGCGCUAUUUGGUGUGAGAUGAUGCCCUCGAUCACUCUGGCUCUUUCUGGCAGGCCUCUUGUGUCAGAGGUGCCAAAAUGCCAAAAAAGAAAGAAGUAUUGGUCCAACUAGAGGAGGGCUGCUGGGGUGGCCUCUUGCCUUGCAAGGUUUACCAAGGAUCCCAUGGAUUAUUCCAGCAAGACACCUCCCAGCUUUUGCACUUCCUCCUGAGGGUGUUGACUGGGGAGCCACAAGAUCCAUCUUUAUCUCUUUUAAUGCCAGCCUGUGAGCUCUUCCAGCCCCCUCCUGUCCUGUCCCAGCAGCUGGGGGAAAAGUCCCAAAGAGCUUGAUUUUUGGUGCCUUUGGAGGGGAAUGAGAUUUCACAGAGCCAGACAGAUUCAGUUGUCAUUUUGGUUCAAGCUCCAUUUUUCGGUAUUCAGGGUAGGCAGUGCCCCUCUGGUUUUUUUAAGUCCCUAGGCCGUACUGUGGGCAGAGUUAGGGGCUGUAGUAUAGAUUGUGAAAAAUUUUUAUCUCUUUCCUGUAAGACCCAAGGGGUAAUGAUCCUCUGACAGGGAGAGAGGCCCUCUCUCUGGCAAAUGGCACUAAUGGAGCCAGGGCUGUGAGCCAUCAGCCUGGUCUCUCCCAUCCCUUCCUGGUAAGGGUAUCCUGCUCAGGGUUCCAGAGUUCCUCCUCCUGCCCUAGCUCCUAAUUCUGUGGAAUAGCAAACAGCUCCCACAUGGCCUGUCCCUGUCUGGGUGGAGAACAGGGCCUGCCCAGAAGCUUCGAGGCUAGUGCAGGCCCCUUAGGAGACAGCAGCCUCUCCCAGGAAGUGCUUUAGCAGUUCUGUGCAUGACAAAUGAAAGUCUGGGUUUCUUUUACAGUUGUGGAACAUUUUUCUAGGAUGGUGUGGAAGUUUGAAGAUGGGGAGCCCUUUUGAAGGGUCUAGACAGAGACAGUAAGAUGAGCUACCCUGGGAAGGAAGAGUUUGGGUUUGAGGGGGAUGGGGGUGCAUUUCCUGUCUGCUCCUCCUGCUCAGGAAAGGUGGGGAGUUUGGCUCCCUAUUGGGGCUCAGUCGGAAAGCUGAGGUGGAGAUCCACAGGACCAGCGUGGCUUCCUGGGGGCAGGGGGGACAGCCUUGUUUUCUUAAUAGAAUUUUUUACUCCAUCCUUGGCAGUUUGAGGAACAUAAUCCUUUCCUUUUUCCUCCUCAGUCCUGCUUAGGUUGUCAGCUGCCAUAAUUUGUGUUAAAAGGAAAGUAGCCCUUUGAUUUCUCUCCUUUUUCCCCCAAGAGAAUUUGACUCUUAAAAACAAAAGUUAGCCCCUCAGAGGUCUUUCUUCCUCUCCCUCUGGCAGCUGAAUGAAGGCUGUUGAUUCUGCCACCUGGCCUUGGCCAGGUCUUUAGCCCCUCACCGUGGACCUUUUGGGGCAGGAGGACAAGAGGAGACCUCAUAAAACUGUUGAGAUUAUUACUAGUGCAGCUGUUGAGAUGGGGGUAGGGGAUGACAAAAAACCAGCACUAAAAUAAAGCUGAAUUGACUGAG